CGCGGUUCCGGUUCCGGCCCCGGCCCCCGAGGAGCCGCGGGGAGAGGAGGAGCGGGCGUCCCUCCGGCCAGUCUUGUUAUUACAUGGGGACAUGAAGGCUUCCACACGUGAAGAAACCAGGAGGGACGGGGCAGACGCCCAGGUGUGUGUUGAGGGAAACCACAGGUGCAGCGCUGCGUGUUGGGCAAGGCUUCCGAGAGGCCCACGUGUGCUGGUGGUCUGCCCUGGAGUCUCACAGUUAAGAACGUGUGGGAGCAUGGGGCCAUCUCUUCAGAGCAGCUUGUGAAUCUCUCAGGUACCCAAGUGGAUGUCUAUAGGUGUGACGCUGGGCCACCUGGCCAUGUCCUUCUGGCGCCUGCGCUGUGCUGUGGCCUCCCGCUGGCCGACUCCCUUGAGACGCAGAGGAAGCAGCCCCCUGCACACAGCCCCAGCCGCCUGUCCUGACAAGAGCGCCCCUGUGUUUACCCGCGCCCUGGCCUUUGGAGACAGGAUUGCUCUCGUUGACCAGUAUGGCCACCACACAUACAAGGACCUUUACUACCACAGCCUCCGCCUGUCCCAGGAGGUGUGCAGGCUCCGCGAGUGCACUGGCGGGGACCUCCAGGAGGAGAGGGUCUCCUUCCUGUGCUCCAAUGACGUCUCCUAUGUGGUUGCACAGUGGGCCUCAUGGAUGAGCGGAGGCAUUGCUGUCCCCCUCUACAAGAAGCACCCCCCGGCCGAGCUGGAGUAUUUCAUCCGGGACUCCCGGAGCUCCGUGGUCCUUGCGGGCCAGGAGUACAUGGAGCUCCUGCGCCCAGUGGUCAAGAAGCUGGGGGUCCCACUGCUGCCUCUCUCGUCCACGGUUUAUGGUGCGGCAGCCGAGGAGCCUGGGGAGGGGAAGGUUUGGGAGCGGAACUGGAGGGACCGUGGUGCCAUGAUCAUCUACACCAGUGGGACCACGGGGAAGCCCAAGGGAGUCCUGAGCACUCACCACAACAUCAGGGCCAUGGUGACAGGGCUGGUCCACAAGUGGGCGUGGAGUAAACACGAUGUGAUCCUGCACGUCCUCCCGCUGCACCAUGUACACGGCGUUGUAAACAAGCUGCUCUGUCCCCUCUGGGUGGGGGCCACCUGUGUGAUGCUCCCUGAGUUCAAUGCUCAGCUGGUUUGGGAAAAGCUCUUAGGCUGUGAAACUCCACGGAUUAACGUAUUUAUGGCAGUGCCUACAAUCUAUGCCAAGCUGAUGGAUUAUUAUGACAGACAUUUCACCCAGCCUCACGUUCAGGAUUUUGUCCGUGCAGUUUGUGAAGAGAGGAUUAGGUUGAUGGUUUCAGGCUCAGCUGCCCUGCCUCUGCCUGUGCUAGAGAAGUGGCAAAGCAUCACAGGCCACACUUUGCUGGAACGGUACGGGAUGACGGAGAUCGGCAUGGCGCUGUCCAACCCUCUGACCACAGUGCGCGUGCCAGGUUCCGUGGGGACCCCGCUGCCAGGUGUCGAGGUGCGCAUUGUCUCAGAAAACCCGAAGAAGGAGGGUUGCCCCUAUGUGCUCCAUGCAGAAGGAAAUGAAAAGGAGACGCAGGUGACCCCAGGGUUCAAGGAAAAGGAAGGGGAGCUCUUGGUCAGGGGACCAUCUGUGUUCCGAGAAUACUGGGACAAACCAGAAGAGACGAGACAAGCCUUCACCUGGGAUGGCUGGUUCAAGACAGGUGACACGGCCGUGUUUAAGGACGGCAUGUACUGGAUCCGGGGCCGCACAUCCGUAGACAUCAUUAAGAGUGGUGGCUACAAGAUCAGCGCCCUGGAGGUGGAGCGGCUCCUGCUGACACACCCCAGCAUCACCGAUGUAGCUGUGAUUGGAGUUCCAGACAUGACAUGGGGCCAAAGGGUCACCGCAGUGGUGACCCUGCAAGAGGGACACUCGCUGUCCCACAGAGAGCUCAAAGAGUGGGCAAGGGGCUUCCUGGCCCCGUAUGCUGUGCCUUCGGAGCUCCUGCUGGUGGAUGAGAUCCCGCGGAACCAGAUGGGGAAGAUCAACAAGAGAGAUCUCCUCCGGCAGUUCUAUCCAAGCAACCAGGGUGACAUGAGACCAGGCGCCAGUAAGCCAGAUUCCCCUUUACCUAGAGCCCCCUAACCCAGAGAGAAGCAAGAUCACAGUGCUCUGCCCAAGGCUGCUGGGGAGUGGCAGUCACAGCACAGCUGCAGUCAAGCUUUUCCAGAAUGUUCUGUACCCAGAACGUGUGUCUAAAAAGAGCAGCAAAACCAAGUGGAGGGGCCACUGGUCCUGGGCAGGGGGAGGUGACCAUAGAAAGGCCAUAGACGCCGGCAUGACCACCCCCCACCCCUAUGCCAUGCAGCCUAACUCCCCUCCCAGCCUCCCAGGGGCCAUGUUUGCUCCGGUGAUCAGCCCACGCUCCUGCCUGAGGCCGGGGCACACACAGUAGUCACCACCUACUGAGCAGGCUGGCUACCCAAGGCCAGCUCAGCUGGCUGCCUGCCAUCCAGCUCUUCUCAGGGGGACGGCCGUUAGCAUCACAUCCAACACUGUGUGACCAGGCUUCUGGCUGUCCGAGGUCUUCCCUUGUGGUGACUAGGGAGCCACAUGCCACUGGAGACACUCCAAUCGAGCACUGCAAGUCUUCACUGAGUCUCACUGGUUUCCACUGUAUCUGUCAUACUACUGGACAUUUUGAUUUCUGAAAAAGUUUAUGUAAUUAUUUGGUCUCCAGGUGUAUCCAUGGGCAGAGCCACUUGCCACCCUCCCCCAAUCCCCCGCUGCCCCUGCAGCCCAGUGCAGGGGCCAGGCGCCCCUGAGGGAGGAGGUGGUGCCAGUACUCCAGGCCAGCUGAGGCAGGGCAACCCCAGGAGUCAGGUCCUGGUGCACUAAGCCUGACAUUCCUGUCUGGGGAAGGGUGUAGGAGACAGGCUCUGCUCCGCUUCGGGAGGUUAGCAUCUCCGGGAGGUUAGUGUCAAACAGAGCAGUGCCUGAUGGAUGGAAGCAAACCCCACGUGGGAGACACGCACCCCUGCCCUGCAACACGCCCGGGCCCCUGGCUGAGCAGCCAGAUCGUAAAGUCCUCCAAGAACUGCUGGAACCAGCUUAUGCUCAAAAACUCCCACUCCUUUUCUGAUGAGUUUCUACAUAAAAAUGUUCUUGGGCGGCCCGGGUGGCUCAGCGAUUUAGCGCUGCCUUCAGCCCAGGGCGUGAUCCUGGAGACCCGGGAUCGAGUCCCACGUCGGGCUCCCUGCGUGGAGCCUGCUUCUCCCUCUGCCUGUGUCUCUGCCUCUCUCUGUGUCUCUCAUGAAUAAAUAAAUAAAUUUUAAAAACAAUAAAAAAUAAAAAUGUU